CCUCCUUUCCGAAAUUGGCUCGCCCGAGGAAGACGACGACACCACCCCAACGCGGAGGCGAAGCAGAGAGAGAGGAAGAAGGCUGCGCCUCCUCCUCCUCCCGCGCGGCGGAUCCCGAUCUGCUAAGGCGCGCGCAACCGGCCGACCGCGGUGUGGUGCGGAGAGUUUAACAUCUCAAAGUCAACAUGGUUAACUUUGGGAAAAAACUGAUGGCUGAUCGAAUUCCAGAAUGGAAAGGGUACUAUAUAAACUACAAGUUGAUGAAGAAGAAAGUAAAACAGUAUGGACAGCAGCUUCAACAGGGUGAGAAAGAUCGCCGCCGGGUUCUUAAGGAUUUCUCGAAGAUGCUUGAUGAUCAGAUCGAGAAGAUUGUCCUGUUUCUGUUGGAGCAACAAGGAACAUUGGCAUACAGGAUAGAGAAAUUAGGAAAGCAAAGGGCAAUAUUAGCAGAACAGCCAGAUAUAUCUGCCAUUGCUGAGUUGCGAGAGGCUUACAGGGAAGUUGGUCUGGAUCUUAUCAAACUUCUCAAAUUUGUUGAUCUGAAUGCAACUGGCAUUCGGAAAAUUUUGAAGAAGUUUGACAAGCGCUUCGGGUACAGAUUUACUGAUUAUUAUGUGACAAGUAGAUCAAAUCACCCAUAUUCUCAGCUACAGCAGGUCUUCAAGCAUGUGGGAGUAGGAGCUGUUGUAGGAGCGUUGUCACGUAACCUUGCUGACCUUCAGGAGCGGCAAGGAAGUUACUUGUCAAUUUAUGAUCAGCCAUCUACUGCCCUUAAGGACCCGAUCAUUGAUAUGAUAAAUUCAUCGGUGGAUAAGCUAACACGCUCAACAAACUUCCUUAGAUUUUUGGGGCAACAUGCCCUAAUUGUGGGUGAAGAGUCUCCUAGUACUGCAGAGGAGGAAGAAAUAGAAGAUCAAAAAUACCAUUUCAUGUCCCUUAUGCUGAACUUGGUGAACACAUUCCUUUACAUGGUCAACACAUAUAUCAUUGUGCCAACUGCAGAUGACUACUCAGUGAGCCUUGGGGCUGCUUCCACUGUUUGUGGUGUUGUCAUUGGUUCAAUGGCUGUUGCACAAAUAUUUUCAUCGGUUUACUUCAGUGCAUGGUCCAACAAGUCAUAUUUCAAACCACUUAUUUUCAGCAGUAUUGUUCUUUUCUUGGGUAAUGUCUGCUAUGCAAUGGCUUAUGAUAUGAAUUCCCUAUCAGUCCUUAUUAUCGGCCGUCUACUCUGUGGAUUGGGUUCUGCACGAGCUGUCAAUCGCCGAUACAUCAGUGAUUGUGUCCCUGCGAGGAUACGCAUGCAAGCUUCAGCAGGAUUUGUCAGUGCUAGUGCACUUGGCAUGGCUUGUGGACCUGCAUUAGCUGGUUUACUUCAGUGGAAAUUUAAGAUUUACAUGGUUACUUUCAACCAAUCAACUCUACCUGGUUGGCUGAUGGCUGUUGCAUGGCUACUGUACUUAGUUUGGCUAUGGAUAUCAUUCAAGGAACCGAAUCGUGCCAAUGAGGUGAAUGAUACCCAGCAAGUUCCCGCUUCUGUGCAAAGGGCGGAUAUCGAUAAACUAGAAAAUGGACUUGCGCAGCCAUUACUAAGAGAUUCUGAAAGCAAACAAGAGGAAGAUGAAGAUGAAGAAGUUGAUGAUAGUGAAGAAGGCGCACAUGAUUCUCGGAAACCUGCAACUUCCAUUGGUUCGGCAUAUAGAUUACUUACGCCUUCAGUAAAGGUUCAAUUGUUGAUAUACUUCAUGCUCAAAUAUGCCAUGGAGAUUUUACUUUCUGAAUCAAGUGUUAUUACCAAUCACUAUUUCAAUUGGAAUACAAGUGCAGUGGCGAUAUUUCUAGCGAUUCUUGGCCUAACAGUCCUUCCUGUUAAUGCUGUUGUCGGGACGUACAUCAGCAACAUGUUUGAGGACAGGCAACUAUUGAUGGUGUCUCAAAUCACACUGCUGGUAGGCAUUAUUUUCAGCUUCAAAAUCACGAGCACAUACUCGGUUGUCCAGUAUGUCAGCUCAGCGCUCGUCACAUUCGUGUCAGCUGAAGUUCUUGAAGGUGUGAACCUCUCCCUCCUAUCGAGCGUGAUGUCGUCCCGUCUCUCCCGUGGCACAUACAACGGCGGGCUCCUCUCGACGGAGGCCGGGACCUUGGCUCGGGUGGUCGCCGACGGCACCAUCACCGCCGCCGGUUACCUUGGCAUCGGAAAGCUCCUCAACGUGACCUUGCUGCCGUCUCUGGUGAUCUGCGCCGCCUCGAUCACGUGCACCUUCCUGACGUACAACUCCCUCUUCUGAUUGCCUCGACCCCAUCGUUCCACGAUGGUAAAUUUUAGAACUAUCCUUGCCCGAAGGGACAACUUUCUGUAGCUAUCUCAAAAUCGAUUCUAUUUCGCUGCAAUAUCGCAGCUGAAACGGUGCAUCGCAUGCCCUGUAAAAUUAAAAUUUUGAUCAGUUUUGAUCUUUGAUGCCUCUCCAUUCU